AUGCAAGGAAUACACAAGGAUGUUGAAAGUCCUUCCGAAGGCAUGUCAAUUGAAAAUGGAUUUAAAGACAACAAAAAGACUAGUGGCGACCUUAUUAAAGAGGGUGACUUGAACGAUCCACGACAAAAAGAUGACGAGGAGAAAAAUGGUGAUUCUAAAGACGCUGACAAACAUUACGGCCAGGACAAGGACGAUGACAAAGAUGAUGAGCAAGCUGACGAUAAAGACAAAAACGAUAAGAACAAUUAUGAUAAGGAUGAUGCCAAGGACAAUGACAAAGAUGGAGACUCACUUGGCGUAAACAGCCGUGGUGUUUUGUCUUCUCCUCUGUUUGAGGCACUCAUUUUGGCACGACUUGAAUGA